AUGGAUGUGACUAAGAAAUUCAUCGAAAAGCACUUCAAAAAUGUUGGAGCGGAACCUCAUGGUGAAUGUCCUUAUCUUUAUUGGGUGGAUUACUUAUCCUCUGGUCCUGUUGUUGCUAUGAUACUGGAGGGACAUGAAGUUGUCCAAAAAGUUAAUGAACUUGCAUCGGAUCGGGAGCAAGCUUUCUUUUGGAGUUCUAACGGGAAAACAUCUUACAGCAGCAACUCAGCUUACAGUGCGAAGCGAGAUAUUGAGAUGUGGUUCGGCCAAGAUAGCAAAGCCACUGAGAGAUCUCAUCUGAUUAAUCUAAAAUGA